AUGCAUCAGCACCCACGGUCGCCCGCGGUCACGCCUCUGCCGCCCAAGACAUCCUCCCAGUCUGCUGCCGCCCGUGACGACUUGAGAGAUUCCGAAUCGGUGCCACCGUCACCGACAACAGAGGGGCGGUCCCAUCACACGAGAGGUCUCGGCACGAAUACAAAUCCAGAUCCAGCACCGGACCCUUCAACAAAAGAACCGGAAGCGCCAGGCAAAGAAGCCGUGGCAAAGUUGAGCCAAAUUAUCGCGAACUAUCAUACCAAAGCAGCUCUUAUCAUCCUUCAGUCGCGUGUAGAUCUUCCUUUGGCGUAUGCGAAGAACUCGGAGACCCCCAAAAUCAAUCGCUGGUUCAACGUCGAAAUCGAAGAUACCGAUGCCCUCCGCGAACAGUUGUGGACGUGGCGAACUUGCGAUGCUACCACCAACCGACCCCCGCCUCUUAUCAUCGAGACCUAUCUGGACCCCGCGGGGCUUUCGAACAAACAAAGUCUGGUCAUCCUGGAUGGAAAUGGGAAACGCUGGACGUACAGGAGUCGAUUGCGGGGUAUCGAGACGCUGGUUCAUAUCCAUAUCCCGACGGCGGAGCUGGGGUCGUUGCUACCGACGGUUUACAAAAAGAGUAUCGUUCUCUUCAGGUCCUUGUUCACAUACUGCAAGCUGCUCCCGGCGUGGAGGUUGUCUCGGCUUAGCUCGACGGUGCGGCAAAGCCCUGCUUUGCAGAUCAAAUAUCGUAUCGUCGAUCCCAGCGCUGCCGUGCGCAGUGGUCGGUCGAAAACGCCUCAAGAUCAUCUAACGCUUCCGCUCUACGAAGGGGGUGAGAAGACGGUGGAGACGUAUCGGUUUGGUCCAACCGACUCACCAGCGGGGCCUUUCGGAGUGGAAGUCACAUUUCGGACGAAUUGUGAUUUUCGUGUCGAUGAUUCUGAAGCCAUCCUGAGCUCCCGUUUCAUGGGAGCUGAUGAUGAUAUCUUUCUCCCGUCGCUACCUUCGACUGAUGUGGCUCGCCCCAAUCUUGAGGUUGGGUCGAUGCCAGUGAAGCGAGGGCCGGUAGACAACCCUGACUGCUCGCGUGCAUAUGGAAGCUUGUCUACUUUUCACCAAGUUGGAGCAAACAGUGGUACUAGCCCAAUCUCCGCAUUACGCGCUGUUAGAGACAUUGCCGGCGAUGGCUCCUCAUCUCCUCCUAAUUCUCCCUUGAAGCGACCCUUGCCCACUGGGCGACUUCCACCAUCAGGACGUGCGGCGCAGCUCGCCAGUGAAAGUUUGCCCAGCUCUCCACGACGGCCGUCCAUCUCAUUUCCAGCAUUUAAAGCCCCACCUCUCUCUGCGUCACCAUCUCUGACAGACACGCCCCUCGGUGCCUCCCCACGGACUGCGUCUUCUCGAUUUGCAGUUGCAACGUCAGCAGACUCACGUCCCAUGCCCCCGCCCUCUUCCGCAGCCUAUGCCCGCAAAUCCGCCUCACUUGCGUCAGAACAAGCUGUCUCUCCAUCAACCUCAGCCUCCCCCAGGCCAGCACCUAUCUCACGCUAUACCAGCUCUUUCAGCAACCGACGAGGACGACCAUCCUCUGCAGGCACGAUGAAGACCGAGGAUGAUAAUUCGAGUGGCAAAGCUAGUGCUGCGUCUUCUAAUGUUCAGCCUGGGUCUGGUCUCCUUGCUGAGCUCACUGGAACCAGCGCGGAGUCGCUGCAUGCUGAUGAUGAGAACAUCUCCGAAUUUUUGAAGAUGCUGGACUCCUCGAAGGAUCUGAUGCGCCGAAGCACACUGAACCCAGCCGACAACGCGCAAAGACGCCCCGCAGCCGCUCUCGCACGCUUUCAGCGAAUGCGAGACUCCAACGCGGCUCUCUCAGACUCCAUAUCUUCUUCGGUGCAGCUACAGCGUUCUUCUCUAUCCUCAAGCAAGCAGCUGUCGGGGGUGCCUCCCAUGAUCUCUGGCACCUCCAUCUCGACCGCCUCCUCUCCCGGAAAACCAAUUUCCCCUCAUACACCACACACCCCGGCCAUCCGAUCGCGUUUGAGCUCAAAUAGUGUAGCAGAUGAUCUCAUCAUCGAGCAGAAUCGACGAGGUCCUCGUCAGGAGCAUGAAUCGACCGUUGAGGAAAACCCUGGUCUUGAGGGUACUCAGCGAAACACAUCCGCCGCAGGCGCGAUUGACAUCCCAACCUCUCCACGCGUCUUCUCGCCUGGAUACCGCCGAUCGAGCUCGGCUGCGCAGCACCGACGUCCGAAUGCGGGUGAUGAUGAGGAGAUCUUCAAUAUGGUCAUACGUAGCAUGAGUCUGGGUGCUGAGACUCCAGCGACAUCACAACAGCGACCUGUGGAUGACAAUGUCGACUCCGAAGCCUUGACUGGGCGGCGACCCUCAGAGGACCCGUCGAGCACGAGCGGCGGCGCGACUUCUCGAGGCCAAAACAUUGCGCGAGCCUCAGCCACGUCUCACUCGCCCAGUUUGUACCAGCCGCGCUUUGCCAGCUCUCGCGGCCGAGGCUUUUCUGGCGGACACUCGCUAAGCUCCGCAUCCAGCAGUCUUGCCCGUGGUGCCACCAUUCCGUCUCAUCUCGUUGAGCGGGAUGAUCACGACCCUACCGCCAGUGGCAGUAACAGCGGCAAUUCAACCAACGAAAAUCGUCGCGGGUCUAUUCACCGUCCUGGCGCCGGCAGAGCGCCUCCCCCACAGGCCAUGUUCGAAGACGACGAACCGCUACUUUUCGCUAUGAGCGACUUUGGUGUCUCUCGUCGCAGCCUGGAGGAGAAUCGCUUCUCUAACCACGGCGCGGACACGGGUGGCGCCUUGCGAAGAGGAAGCGGCCGUCGGGGAGCCGGGCUUCCUGGUGGCUGGUAG